AUGUCAGUGCUUGUUUUGAAAAAAGAUCUUGGGAAGGCCGUCCAAAUUGUCCAUAAAGUAACGAAUCUUGGUGGAACUGUUGGCGACCUCGAAUCCGCCUCACUCAUCGAAGCCAUGCGGCGGCUCCAGUCCCGCUUCAGCUACGAGGACUUUACCGGCCUUUCGUCGUACACGGCCCUGACCGCACCUGCGUGCCAUGAUAUGGUUGCUGCCGUCCGAGUCAGAGACCUCUACUUGGUGCCCGUGCUUCCUACGCUUCAAGACCAGAUGCUGGCGAGCCCAGAGGGAAGCCGGAUCGUCAAGGAGAGGCCGUGCGUCACCGUGAAGACCGUUGACAUGAACUACCUCGCAAUCCUUCCCCAGAAUCCAUUCGGGCGCACUUAUAUGACCUGCCUGGAACAAUGCAACGUCACAUCUACCACCCACGAACCAGUGAUGCAGCUCUAUGGCGAAUCGCGCGACCUCUACCACUGCCUCGUUGAUUUCCCCGUCAACGUCACGUCCGAGCUCGGUGUCGAGUCCUUCGAGUUCACCAACCUCGGGCUGCCCAUGACCGGCUUCGCCGCCGCGUCCGGGCACCUCUGCAUCAGCUCUGCAAAGCGAACUCAGCUGUUCAGAGACGCGUGGGGCCUGAUGAUGGUGUAUUGGGAGCAGGACAAGGACGAGCCGAACAAGGAGAUGCGCUGGCUGCGAAAUGGCCCAAGCCGCGACCUCACGCGACGAAAAAUGUAG